AUGAAUUCCGGCGAAUCAGACGCCGUCAACGAAUCCCCAAAUUCCAUUCCGCCUCUCAAGGACGAAUUCCGAUCAACUCUCCUUUCCUCCGCCUCAACCUACGCAAAAGGACCGCUCGCAGGCCACUCGACCACGUCCGAUUUCAGCUCGUUCUCGGUCGAAGUAAUCUACGACAUAUUGGAAGUCAAUUCACUCCUCAACGAAGCAAUCCGAGAUCUCCGACGCAUCGCCGACCGCAUUAUCGCCGCCGGCAAUUCCAGAGAGUGCAUCCACUUCUAUGCCGGCGCGCGGAAGUCCGCCUUGGACGAGAGCUUCAAAAUUUUAGGAAUCGAGAAUUCGAGCGCGAAGAUCAUCCAGCACCUCGAGUGGCGCGUCCAGCAGCAGAAGAUCCGGCUAUGGAUCCGCAACGCCGAGAUCUGCGUCCGAGUUCUCUUCGCCGAGGAAAGGCGAUUGGCCGAGCAGAUCUUCAAAGGUUUGGGAAAUUCCGGUUUUGACGAUGCUUGUUUCGUCGAAACCGUCCGCGAUCACGCCGAUUCGCUCUUCAAUUUUGCCGAGGCAAUUAGCAACGGCCGGAAAUCGCCGGAGAAAAUGUCUAGUGUUUUGGAUCUGUACAUAACGAUCUCAAAUCUGUUGCCUGAUGUGAAAACGAUUUUCCAGUGGAAAUUUGGGAUAUGUGUGUGUAAAAAAGCUGUGGAUCUGUUGCUUAGUGUUAAAUGGUGCAGAAAACAUAAUUGA